CAGCAUUCAUUGUCGAUACGGUCAACACAUGUUUUUUACGCAUCUCCAUCAAAAUACAAAAAUAAAAAAUGGAUAAUGUUUGCCGGCUGUGUGCCAUGAACUGCAGCUCGUUGGAGAAUAUAUUUGCUAAGCGGGACCAUCCCAACGAUGAGCCAAUGUUUUUGGUUCUGCUGGACUAUUGCACUGGCCACACAUUUAGGCCAUACGAUGGCAUGCCUCAAAACAUAUGCGGACCCUGCAUUAUGGCUGCAAAAAGUGCAUUUCAAUUUAAACAGAGAGUAGACCAAACUCAGAAAUAUUUCAAGGAUAUGCUGAGUGCAAAUGAACAUAAGACAAACAUAAAUGGACUUAACACUGGCCAAUGGUGCAUUUCAGAAAGUGCUCAAUUGCAACCGAUUGGAAUGCAGAAUAAUCCACUAAAUGCACCUGAAGAUGAGGAUGAAUAUGAGGAUGAGGACAGUGAAGAAAGUUCGCAAACGAACUCGACAAAUCUGAGAGCGAUUAAAACUAAUAGGAGCUCAAUGAAGUUCUGUGAGAAUUGCAAGUGGCCACUUGAACCAGAUCCGCCCCGUGAUGGACGCUCCUUUAGAUGUCCGUUGUGCUCCAAACUAUUCCGAACAACACGAGGUUACAAGACUCAUUUGAAUGCUCAUACUACAGGGAUACCAUACGAAUGCUAUGCGUGUAAGAAACAGUGCGAGAGUAUCCAAGAUCUAAGGAAGCACUUGUCGACACACAAAGAUCGAGAUCGUCCAUUCCAAUGCCCACAUUGCCCCAGAACUUUUACCAUGUAUGGGCGCUUUAACAACCACCGUUAUACGCAUAGCGAUGAACGACCCUUCAAAUGCCCCCAAUGCCCCAAGAGAUUCAAACGAAACGCUGAAGUGGCCAAGCACAGCAUAGUCCACACCGGAGAGAAGCCCUACCAAUGUGCCCUGUGCCUCACGGGCUUCGCCAGACUCCAGAGCCUGGGAAUACAUGCCGACAGACAUUCGGAGACCGACAUGUGCUACAAAUGUGCCAAGUGCCCGCAAGUGUUUGACAAGCCGCGUUUGCUGUUACAGCAUGUCAAGUCCUGUCCAGAAGUCGCUGCGUCCAAGCACGAAAUUCGUUAAUAUCAAGAGGACAUUGUGAUGAAGACUCAGAAGCGUGAUAAGCGUAUUUAAACAAACGAAAUGUGGCAUUGUUAACACAUUUUGUAAGCAAUAUUCUAAAAAUAUUGGCGAGUCUGCCCGACAACGAGAUACUCGGUAGAUAUUUUAAGAAAGUUCUAAAGUGUAGAAAUUUUCUGAAUAUUUUUUUUAAAAUAACAUUUAAGUUAAUUAAGUUUAGUAUUACAUAAAGAAGUUAUUCAGUUUAAUUAUUUUUUUAUCGUUGGGACUUAUGUAAGUUUUAAUAAGGACUGAAAUACGUUUUUU